AUGGCUGACGAUCCAACCGUCCCAUACUACCUCAAAAACGUUCCGACGUUCAAGCAUCUUCCUGAUCCUCAUGCCUAUCACCGCUUCAAGGACAUUAAUACGCUACCUGCGAUUGGAGACUUCGUCAUCUGCUCCAUAGAUGCGGUGGCCUCGGUGGCGCACUUGGACAAGGAAGCCCGUCAAGCGGCACAGGAGCUACGUCCGCGGCGCUACAUUGCAUUCGUCAUGGAAUCGCACGGGCUAUCCAUUGGACACGAACCCGUCAAUGCAUACGGGUUUUCCUUUGUGCGCCAGGGCCCGCCGCGCGCGACCCAACCAGGUCAAAUCCUCUUCCGUGACUUCUGCAUUCCUGUAUUUCCGAAUACCAUCCAUCCCACGGGUCGCAAGCCUCUUCGUCCUGUUCUGCCUCUUCCUUGGCGAGACUGCUAUCUCGAUACCCACCCCGAUUUCAACUUUACUCAAGUUCGCGUCUCGUCCACCCCUCGUGACUACACCUGCGUUUUCCCGUGCGCAAGGGAACAAAUACUCGACGCGAAGGAGAUGGCGGCCAACGAUUGCGUGAUAUUUGACCGCAGAACGGACGGUAUGAAGCAGGGAGUACUCGAAGCCAUCGCCACCGCUGCACUGCCGCCGUCGCCCACUUCCGCCUUCAAGGUUCCCCUGCCACCUUCGCCGGUGAUUGUGGAAGCAAAUCUUCCCGAGGACGUCGCUCAUACGCCCGCGGAUCUGGGCGUCGCUUUGGUGGAACCCGAAGUAACUGGAGACAACGUCUCGAUCAUCGCCAGCGACGAUGAGAUGUCCGUAUGCGAAGACGGUCAAUCUGCGCCGGAUUCAGAUGUUGAUAUAGGGCUAUUGUUGCACCUCGAGACCAUGUUCGAUACGUCUGGGAAUGUAAAUGAUCCCGUCGUCGACAUCUGGUACGAUCUCGACAUGGUGCCCGAGGUGAUAGACCCCAUCUACUUCCUUGAAGAGCGGGCUCAAGUUCGGCGGAUCAUCUCCGACGCAGAGGCUCGAUUGGGUAUCACGCAGGCGCGUGAGGCGGCUGCAAAAACGGAUGACUUCAACCCUUUCGGUCCGGACGAAGUGCCAGACGCUGCUCCUGAACCGAAUGAAUUACAUAUCCCAGCCGUGGAGCCUGCAGAAUCCAUAUCAUGGCUGAGAAGCAAGUCAGCUUCUCUGGGGCGUUUGUCCGGCAAGUCUCUAAGUUUGCUACGGAAGGGUACUGCUUUCUUUCGUACAUUGGCUUGUCACUCUGCUCAAGCACACGACACGCACGAUUCAUAG